ACCAGCGCUGUAAACAUUCAGUGAGCGGCUGUUGCCUACAUGGUUCAAACGCAAGCUCGUCUGUCCUUCGAGAUAGUAGUUUCUGUAUUGACUGCGAAAUAAAAACGAUAACAGUUGGAAAGCCUGUGCACAUAGUACGGCGUAGAACCUGGUAAAAUGUAUGCGUGAAGUUAGCAGUGCGGUAAUUUCGGACGAUGGAAGAACUGCGGUAGCCUGAGCUACGUACGUCGUACCAUUCCGGUCGCGGGACGUUGUAGUGGGACAGGUGAAAUAUAAGACACAUUAUCGUAUCUGAUACCUGUCCUACAAACAUUUUUUUUUUUAUUGCCCAGUAGACAUUUCUGCAAGUCUGAAUACACUGGAUCUAUGAUGGAUUUUCCCUUGAAAUUCACCAGUGCAGUUGACCCAGUGAGGUAGCCGCAGUAAACCUUCUGAUACAACCUGUUGCCUUAUUUUGGGUCCAACUGAAUCCCUUACAAAGCUGUUUUUGCUAACGUAUAUAGAUGCUGUGAAGAAGCUGAAAAACCGACAACUGCUGUCGCUGUCAAUCCGCAAUUAUGUUUGUUUGUCGAGUGCUGGGAAGAUUGUUGUUCCUUCAGACUGUAGUAUUUUGUGUAACAUUCUCUAAAACAUUGACGUUACCAAGUAACAGCGCUAUUGGAAUACUGGACAACAUUGACUCGCAGGAUUUUAUCCUGGAAGAAAGUUAUUCCAAGUCCAGUAAAACGGGAAUUGAGAUUCCCCAAGAAGACGUAUUCAGCACGAACACACCCACAGAAUCAUCUCAUCCCUUACAUUUAAGCCCAGAGCAUCAGCAUGGGAGACAGGGGCCGCCGCUGGAAAGGACCCGGCCCUUCGUGGUGGUGGACGGUCACCAGAAGACCCUGAAUGAAGCCUUGCAGAAAGGUCACCCAGAAAAACUGCAGUUUGGCCUUCAAGUCGGGGACAUCCUCUACUUUUUGGACCUAGAAAAGAACCAUGAUCUCCUUCCCAAGCCGCCGAACGUCUUCUACUAUCUUCCCAACGGAACCGGGAUCUCCGUGGAGGCCGACCAUGUGACACACUGCUACUACCAUGGCACAGUGAGAGGGUUCUCUCAGUCCAGAGUGGCGGUCAGCACAUGCUCUGGUCUCAGAGGCGUCGUGGCCAUCAACUCCACCCUGAGCUUCGAGCUCCGUCCAGAGGAGGACCACGAGGCCGAGGAGAGCGGGGAGCAGAGCGGAGGGGGACAGGAGGAGGGCAUGCUGCUGCUCCUCCCCACCACACCUCUGGAGGGCUCCGGGCUGGGCGGCUGUGGGGUCUCCCACACCCCCGUACCCCCGCUACACGUCGUACCACACGUACACAGGAGUAAGAGAGACAUUCUUUCUGAGACCAAGUACAUUGAGCUAGUGCUUGUUGCUGACCACAAAGAGUACCAGAACUAUCAAAAGAACAACAAAACCAUCAUUUAUAGGCUGCUAGAUGUUGCCAACCAAGUAGAUUGGUUCUACAGACCCCUGAACGUGCGCGUGGCUCUGACAGGGUUAGAGAUCUGGAGCGACCAGGACAAGAUCCAGGUGGAUAAAAGUCCCACCGACACCCUGAACCGCUUCCUGGAGUGGCGGACCCGGGAGUUGCUCCCCCGCCUACGCCAUGACAACGCUCAACUGGUCAUGGGUGAAUCGUUUGAUGGGACCACAGUCGGAAUGGCGUCUCAGUCCUCCAUGUGCUCCAAGGAUCGAUCGGGAGGAGUCAAUGUGGAUCACCUGGUCAGCGUCCUGGGGGUGGCGUCCACUGUGGCCCACGAGCUGGGUCACAACCUGGGCAUGAGCCACGACACGGCCGAGCGGAGGUGCCAGUGCCAGAACGAGCCCCGCCUGGGAGGCUGCAUCAUGGAGCCCUCGACUGGGUUCAUGCCAGGCCAGCUGUUCAGCAGCUGCAGUGCCCGGGACCUCUCCCUCAGCCUGCUCCACGGAGGGGGCAUGUGCCUCUUCAACGUGCCCCAGCCGGACGAGCUCCUGGGGGGGCCGCGAUGUGGGAACCUCUACGUUGAGAAGGGGGAGCAGUGUGACUGCGGCCUCCUGGAUGAGUGUAACGACCCCUGCUGCAACGCCACCACGUGCCAACUGGUUCCUGGGGCACAGUGCUCCUCAGAUGGGAUCUGUUGCGACAACUGCAAGCUGCAUACGGGUGGCUGGGUGUGUCGGGAGCCUCUGGGAGAGUGCGACCUCCCGGAGCACUGCACCGGCAGCUCCCCCUACUGCCCGCCCAACGUCUUCCUCCAGAACGGGGAGCCCUGCGAGGAAGGCUCCUCCUACUGCUACAGCGGAGUGUGCGCCAGCCUCAAGGGCCAGUGCCAGAUGCUGUGGGGACCGAAUGCCACACAAGCUCCAGCCGUCUGCUUCUCUUCAGUCAACAAACAGGGCAACAAAUAUGGCAACUGUGGUCAGCUGGCCAACGGAUCCUACAUCCCAUGCGCUAGCUCGGAUGUGUUUUGUGGGAGGAUACAGUGCCAGGGAGGAAACGACCGUCCUCUGCUGGGCACCAACGCUGAGAUCCUGACCACCAAAGUCCGCCUCAACUACAGCGACUUUGUAUGCCGGGGAACCUACUUUGAUCUGGGCGAUGAUGUUUCAGACCCCGCCAUGGUGGCACAGGGCACUGCCUGUGGUUCUGGCAAGGCCUGUUGGAACCAGAAGUGCCAAGAUGUGUCUGUGUUCGGGGUGGAGGAGUGCCAGAGCAAGUGUAACGGACAUGGGGUGUGCAACAGCAACAAAAACUGUCACUGUGACGUAGGCUGGGCUCCACCCGAUUGUCUUUAUACAGGCCAUGGUGGCAGUGUGGACAGUGGCCCUGCCAGGGCACCCAAAGACUCGGACCCAGCCCGCGUGGCCCUGCUGGUCAUUUUCCUCUUCGUCCUACCGGUGGUGCUCCUCUUCCUCGCCCUGCGCUUCCCUCGCUGUCGCCGUAGCCUCAUCUGCCUGGGGAGUGGCAGCCCUUUUCACAAGGGCGGAGGACGCCAACAGAGUCGAACCCCAGCCACAGAGCUUGUGGAUUCCCGUAAUGGAGACCAGGUCCAACCACUGAGGUACCACUUGAGCCGCCAGAGUGACAUGCCGCUAACGCCACCCUCGAGCAAGGUCAAUGAAAGGCCUGCUCCACCUAAUAAGCCACUCCCCCCUGACCCUGUCCUAAAGCACUUCCAGCCAUCUUCUACUCGUCCGGAUCCUCCAAACAAGCCUCUGCCCCCUGACCCUGUUGUCACAGGCAGCCAGACCGUUGGACCACCUAAACCACCAGUACCCAGAAAACCUUUACCUCUGGACCCCACUUCUCAACUCAGCCACUCUGGGUAUGCAACAUCAGGUGUCCAACUGCAACAUGGAGCAGGUUUGACUCCAGUUCCACCCAAAGGCCCUGCAGUGACAGUCCUCCCAUCCAGACGUGCCCCUUUACCUCCAAUACGGACUUCCCAAGGUCGAACCCUCAACUCAACACCACUAGUUUGACGUUUGGACAUCUGCCAAACCACCCAAAUUCCUAGAUUCCCCAGAACCACGUCCCUACAUAGGAGUCCCAAUGACCCACCUGAGAGGUAGAGAGGCUCUCCAGUAGGAUUUGGAAUCAAAAUCUUUCUCCCUUCAACAAUUUCCUGUUCAUGCUGAGAAGUGAGCCGGACGGCUUGAGGACUUGUGGGAGUGUUUCAGAGCAGAGUUGGGACGGGUCAUUGCAAAAGUGACCUUCAAGAAACCUGAGGCAUUAUGGAUGGUUAAAGGUACAUGGUCACGAUGGAUGAACGAAGUGAAAAUGAGAAGGAUUCCAGUGUCUCUGGGGAUCAUUGAAGUACUACUAGAGUGAACUGACAAAUCAUCCAAACUCUAAUGAGAUCCCAGGCCAGUACAGUGUUAAGAUGUUAGUAUGUGAAAAGGAUGCGAGUAGCACAGAUUUAUUUUCUAUUUUAUUCACUCCUCCCCAAAGCUUCACCCUAGCUGAAUACCUUUGAUAGAUUCUUUCCAAUGCCUGUGUCUGCAACUGUCACAUCUUGUUGAGUACAAACUGUAGGAAAUAAUUUACACUCUGCUUAAAGGACUUGGUUUAUGUGAACUGCAAAGGAAACAAGUCCUGCCCCCAGUUUGUUAUCCGCCUCAAGCACUGACUUGACUCUUAGCACUACACUUGGACUCUGUUUGGAGCCUAGGUUCCAUAUUUGCACAAAAAAAAGCCUUAUCAGAAGUUGUGACUCACUUUGGUUGGAUUUGCCUGAAAAUGACUCAGUUAGUGUCUGUCUUGAAGGGCUUUCGUGUGUUGGAAGACAUGAGAUGACAACGUUGGCAGCCAUUUUCUCACAAAUGAAGCGAUUGUCUAUUUUUUACGGUAAAAUAUACAAUAAAAAAUGCCAAAGAAGGGUUGAGAGAGGUGGAGAUGGUAAACUGGCCAUUGAAAUUUCACGGCUUUUGAUAUACAUGGAUGUGAAAGCCACUCCCUGAAAAUGGACCAAUCCACCAACAGUGGAUUCAUUGCCUUUUUUGUACCAUUCGGUGCACUGUGUGCCGCACUAAUACUGUCCCUUUUAAGCUAAGUGCACUGUUAAAUUGAGGACACUUUCUUUGGAUGAAUGGAUAAAUGCACGUUCAUGUUACAAAGUACAAGUGUUAACCUUGUAACGCAGCAGAUAUUUUAUCUUUACUCACACCACUUCAGCACCAAACCUGGGACAACACACCAACUGAAUGUAUGAUAAAAAAAAAAAAGAUUGAACAUUUUACUGUACUUAACAGUAACAUGUAACUUCAUAUUGACUUCAUAUUUUCUUCUCUACCGGCCUCAAUUUGAUUUGAAUAGCAACAGAUUGCAUUGCUUGUAUGCUAUGUCUUAUAAUACAUUGAAGAUGACACUUCAUAAACUAUAUUUUUAUUGAAAAAUACUGUGCAAAAAGAGAGGAUUCUGUUUAGGUGUUCAUGCCUGUCAAGGACAUUAAAGUCACCAGCUUUUCUGAAAUAUUGGUUCUAAAAAACUAAAUUAUUAGUUCUAAAUCAGACUAAAUUAUGUAGUGUGAUUUCAAGUGAAGGAUUGUCUGACAUUUGGAAAACAUGUUGGACUUGUGUUAAGACUGUUAUGAUUGUGUAAUAUGAGCCUUUAAUAUGAUAGUUAGAGCACACCUUCAUGCUUCCAUUUGAUAUGAAACCAAGAGACAGUAGAUGUUCUCAGUGUUUUUCUGUUGAGCAGUUGCUUGUUAAACUAGUUUUUUCCACUUUCAAAUGGGAUUCUGUCCAAUUUUUACAUCUGUAUUUAAGAUGUAAGACUACAAAUAUGAGUUGAUCUGAAGAUGAUAAGAAAUACAUUUUUACAAUACAUAAUUUGACCCUUGACACAUUUGCUAGUAUCCUUAAACAAGGUCAUAUUAACUUGUAUUAUGAAUAAACCAUGCACUCGUGAAAUUAAGACACCUGCAAAAGCUUAAAAGCACACUCCCUUUAGUUCUGUACGCACAUUUUUCUUAUUGUGAUUCAUGUGAUCUAUAGCACUAUGACCUGACUGUAAUCUGUCUGACCGUAUCUGAUUGUCAAGAAAAGACAUUGCAAAAACUCUAAUGGUCAGGUAGGUAAUGUUGUUGUCUUCUGAAAAGACUCCUCUGUUGUGACCACUGUCUGUAAUUUUCCCACUUUCUCAAUUUUUGAGAUUUUUGCUGCUGGGGGAAAUAAAAUGGACUGAGGUUGGUUGA